AUGGAUACUCCUAGUCCUCGACAGUCCGACGCAAGCUCUCCUGCGGAGCCCUGCUCUCCGUCAUGCGUGGACACGCCAGCAACGCAGUCUUCCGUUUUGUUCGACGGCAACCUGGACGAGUUACUGCGUAACUUCCCCCUUCGUCAGUACAUUCUCGUCACUGGGGGGCUUGGUUUUAUCGGGAGUCACACAACAUUAGAACUGCUCAAGGCCAGCUAUAACGUCAUUGUGAUCGACAAUCUCAGCAAUUCUUUCCGAAACGUCUUUGACCGUAUUAGGCAUUUGGCGGAAAAGCACCAUGAAAAGCAGGGAACUGAAAUGCCGGCCCUGUAUCUGGACGCCCAUGACUACCGAGAUACCGCCGCUCUUAGGCAACUUCUUGACCAAUAUCAGGUGGAGUCCAGAUGGGGCUCCCCCAAAUCCAAGAUUGCUGGUGUCAUCCAUUUCGCCGCUUAUAAAGCAGUUGAGGAGAGCAUCAGGAACCCAUUAAAGUACUAUGCGAACAACGUGAGCGGCCUUGUUGACUUUGCAACCACAUUGGGCGAGUACGGUAUCAAAACCUUCAUCUUUUCUUCAUCGGCAACUGUUUAUGGCACGCUGGCUACUUCCGGUCUUCCGCUCAAAGAAGAGCUCUGCGCCCACAAGGAUGAAGUUUUCAAUGGUGCUGACGGGUUCAGUCAGCCCAUCAAAUCUGGAUGUACCGGUAUCACAAACCCGUAUGGACGCACAAAGUGGAUGUGCGAGGCCAUAUUGGCGGAUCUAGCAGCUUCUGAUCCGGAAUGGACCAUUGUGGCGCUCCGGUACUUCAACCCAAUCGGCUGCGACGAGUCUGGGUUGCUCGGAGAAGAUCCAAAACAGAUUCCCACGAACCUUCUACCCGUUGUGGUAAAAGUAAUGACAGGGGAAUACAAGGAAUUGCAGAUGUUCGGCACUGAUUGGGAAACCGAGGAUGGCAGUGCUGUCCGCGAUUUCAUCCACGUUACCGACUUAGCUCGAGGGCACAUCGCUGCGCUUGAUGUGGCCAACGAAAGAAAACUGGCGGAAAACUUCCGUGCAUUCAACCUAGGUACCGGACGAGGACAUUCGGUGAUGGAGGUAGUCGACACCAUGGAAAGUGUAUCUUCCAAACGAAUCCCAGUCAAAGCAGCUCCCCGUCGUCCAGGGGAUGUUGGUUCCUGUGUUGCCGUCGCCACCAGGUCGCAGCAGGAGCUUCAGUGGAAAACUGAAAAGACGCUGGCGGAUGCAUGUGGCAGCCUGUGUAAGUUCUUGGAAAUCAGCGGUCUAUACUUCUCAGAGUGUUAA